GCGGUCUGAUUCUAUCAUUGUAGUCGCGAUUUCCCUCUUUGUAUGAUGAGUUUCAUCUCGCAAUAUCAAGGACCAGGCAAUUAUGCAAGCGCAUCCUGUUGCGAUACCUGGCUCCAAUCGCGACACGACUCGUGAUGUCGCGUUCGACAGAUCGCGACGCGUCGUACAAAACAGGUUAGGUGAACGGGAGGCCGGUCAGACCUACUACGCAGACGGCACGCUUCGCAACAUCAUCUUCUCGAGUUCCUACAGCACGUACACGUCUCUCGACUCAAGGCGGCCAUGGAGAAUACGUUCGACCUCCCAGACUCCACGGACUGGAUCGCGACGUCACUCCCCACGUUCGAACCGCUAGAAGCAGCCUUGCGUUGCGAGAUGUGCAAGGAAUUCUAUUCGAAUCCUGUCAUCACGUCAUGCUCUCACACUUUCUGCUCGAUAUGCAUAAGACGGAGUAUAGCUGCGGACGGGAAAUGUCCCAGCUGCAGGACAGCGCUGUCGAGCGAUAAGCUGGCGCCAAACAUCGCCGUGCGCGAGGUCGUCAUGCGCUUCCAAGAGGCGCGGCCGAAGGCGCUUGAACUGGCGCGUAAAGACAAAGAGCAAGAGAAGGGGGGGAAUGUCAAUAUUAAGAGGAAGAUUGGGGACACGGACAUCGAGGAUGGCGAGGACGAGAGACAGACGAGGUUGCGGCAGACACGGCGCAGCCGGCGCAACGCGGGUUCGAGCGAUGCGCCGGUGGAGAUACCAGACAGCGCGACUGACGGUGACGACGAUUUCUUGCCAGAAGGCAUGGCCAAGUGCCCGAUCUGCAACGUGGCCAUGAAGCAGGAGCUAGUCUUCAAUCACCUAGACGUAUGCACCGGGCAGAGCGCGUCGCAGGGCCGCAGCACGCGCUCGAAAACCAAGACGUCGUUCCCUGCAGCUCUGCGAAGUCGCCAGAAAGACCCGUCGCCUGCGCCCACCCGCCAAUCACAGCUCAACUACGCCAUGAUGAAAGAAGGUGCAUUACGCAAGAAGCUGCAAGAACUCGGCAUUCCGAAUUGGGGGAGCAAAGACCUCAUGAAGCGCCGCCACAUCGAGUGGCUAAAUAUCUACAACUCCAACUGCGACGCCCACGACAGCGUGCGCAAGCCCAAAAGACAGCUUGUGAAAGAACUCGAAGAAUGGGAGAAUACACAGGGAGGGAGAGCAGACGCCAAGGAGAGCAGAUUUAUGCGCAAAGAUUUUGACGGUAGUGGAUAUGCGAAGGCCCACAAGACGGAUUUCGACGACUUGAUCGCGCGGGCGCGGAAGAAGCGUGCCGCGAAGGCGGAGGAGAAGGAGACGAAUGGGGUCGCAGUGGCCGCAGACCCUGAACCGAUCGACGAAGAGCAGCAGGACCGGCUGGAAGCACAGAGUCCGCCUACCCACGCAUCAGCGGUCGGAUCGACCGAGGAUACACGAAUUGCGACCCACACAAACGCAGACCUGCCUUCAGAACCAGCAGAAUCGACAGCCAAUGAAGCACCUGUCGGGCUACAAAAUCCGCUCAGAAGCCCAUCGCGCAAAGUACCGAUGUUCUCGCUUCCUAGAGAAGCGAUUCGUGACGUGGAUAUGUCGGCUGGGUAGUACCAUGGUUCUGUAUACGAAAAUGAUACCCAGUGCUGCGAGAUAUAUUGGCACCUUCUUGCCAACCCCAUGGGUGUUUGACCCCAUAACCACUAAUUACAGC